AUGCGUGUUUUCUUUUGGAAUGCUCAAGGCUUGGCCAAAGAUGGUGCAAAGGCCAAGCUAAAAGAGCUACAAAAUUUGCACUCCCCUGACAUCAUUUGUCUCGCUGAGACUCAUGUUUUUUGCACAGUUCGUUAUGUUAAUUCUCUAAGGUUGGUUGGAUUCUGCGAAGACGUCAUUACUAAUGAGGUUGCUGGUAUCAAAGGUAAUAUCUGGAUCAUGUGGAGAAGCACUCUCCCUAGACCAAAGGUGAUCUCUUCUUCCAAACAAGCCAUAACUAUCGAUGUGGAUGGAAAUUUUAUCACGGCUGUGCAUGCUUCCUACAAUGCUGUUUCGAGGAAAAUGCUUUGGAGUCAGCUAGGUUUAGGAUCCAUAUCUAUCCCUUGGCUGGUGGUGGGAGAUUUCAACUGUGUUCUGCGCCUUGAGGAAAAAAAAGGCGGAAUUCCGAACAAAGAAGUUUACAUGAUCGAUUUCAGGAGUUGGAUUUCUGACAAUGGUUUGGUUGAGGCUGAUGCAAUCGGCAAGAAGUACACCUGGUCCAAUUGUCAGAAAGGAAGACGUCGCAUUGUCUCUAAGCAUGAUAGAGAAAUAGUGAAUAAUGCUUGGCUUUACAAAUAUGCCAACUGGAGAUGUAAAGCUCUCCCAAGUAUUUGUUCUGACCACUCCCCUCUCAUUGGGUUUGGCUUCCACAAUACGAGACCGGUUAGAGCUCCCUUUAGAUUCCAAAAGAUGUGGCAAUCGCAUCCAAACUUCUUAAACAUGGUGGAGAAUAAUUGGAAUCAAAGUAUGGCUGGUGCUCCCCCACUUGUCUUUGGAGAUGUUCACUACAGACUGAAGCAAGCUGAGCUUAAGCUGGAUUCUGAGGCUGAUCUUCUUGAUUUCGACCCAGCAGAUGAAGUCCAAUUCACUAGAGUGGCAGAUGCUAGGAAGGCCGCAGAUUAUGUGAGAUUGGAGCUAGCCAGUAUGCUGGGAAUGAAGUCACGGAUCUCUUGGCUGGAAGAAGGGGAUCAAAAUACUCGUUUCUUCCACAAUUCCAUCAGAUUGAGAAGGGGCCAAAACACCAUCUCAGAGCUCAAGACCUCUACUAACUCUACUUUGAUUGUGCAGGAGGACAUUAAAGACUUCAUCAUCGAUCACUACAAGAAGAAAUUUAAUGGUGGCAGCGUCAACAUUGAUCCUACGCUGUUUGAUUAUCUGCAUACCAAUAUUUCUUCCACGGAGAGUGCCUCUAUGGAUGUUGUGCCAUCCUUGGAUGACAUCAAGGAAGCGGUCUUCGAUUUAGGAGCAGACUCAGAUCCUGGGCCUGAUGGUUUCCCAGGUUCAAUCUAUAGACAUUGUUGGAACAUUAUCUCGGAAGACCUUUACAAAGCCAUAGUGAAUUGCUGGGAAAUAAGAAAGAUUCCAAAAGGUAUAAACUCGAGUUUUCUGGUGCUCAUCCCAAAGAACAAGAAGUCUGAUUCAAUCAAAGAUUUCCGCCCUAUUGGCCUGAGCAAUUUCUUCUUCAAAAUCAUCACAAAGAUAAUGGCUACAAGUCUUGGCUCUGUUCUAGACGAUUUGGUUUCAGAAGAGCAGGUAGCCUUUAUGAAAGGGAGGAACAUACACGAAAACAUAGCCUUGGCAUCAGAUCUAAUCGAUGAGCUCAAUACAGACAGGAAGUAUGGAAAUGUUGGUAUCAAGCUUGAUAUACCCAAGAUUUUGACACACUAA